AUGGGAAUAGAGCUGCUGUUCUGCAGAGCUGUGACUUGGGCACCCAGUGGAUACAGAGAGCCACAAGGAACCAACCGGGAACUGGACCAGAACCGGACCUCCAGACUCAUUGGUGAAUCUGAGUUCCGCCCGACAGCCCAUGGGGCCUCCCAGGCGGGGAGAGCCCACCAGGACUUCCCCCAUCUGGAUUUGGACUCGAUCGAACCACCGUCUGGUUCUGUGCUGACCAUCCAAAGGUCCUGCUCCCUCCAAAAACAUUUUGGUGCUCAGUGGCUGCAGAGCGCAGACCAGAACCGGCAGGACUUCACCAUCGACUCCCCACACUGCCAUCUGCAAAAGUUCUCUGAUGACUGCCAUAGUCGGCCUCAUCACAGGCACAUACUCACCUCACUGACCCCGGUGAACAUCCAGGGUGUGAACAUCGGGAUCGUGGACUCUUACAAGUACCUGGGUGUUCACCUGAACAAUAAACUGGACUGGGCUCACAACACUCAUGCACUUUACAGGAAGGCCCACUCCUUCUCUUCCUUCGAACUCCUGACAACUUCAGAAAUCAUAAGCCUCAUCAACAAGUCCAAGUUGUCCUGUUUGCUUGACCCUCUUCCAACAGUUCUGGUUAAAGCCUGUGCCCCAUCUAUACUCCCUCUCAUUUCUGCCAUUAUUCACUCCUCUCUCUCCACCGGAACAGUUCCUGCAUCAUUUAAAAUUGCUGCCAUAACCCCUAUCCUGAAAAAACCUGGCGCUGAUUACCGUAAUCACAAUAAUUUCCGUCCUAUCUCCAACUUGCCUUUUAUCUCCAAGAUUCUUGAAAAGACAGUUGCAUCUCAACUCCAUACUUACUUAUCCAACAAUAACCUGUAUGAACUGUUUCAGUCUGGUUUUCGUCCCCUCCAUAGUACAGAAACAGCUCUUAUAAAAAUCACCAAUGACCUCCUCUUGGCAGCUGACUCCGGCUUGCUGUCCAUCCUCAUCCUCCUCGACCUGAGUGCAGCGUUUGACACCAUUUGCCAUGCCACCCUACUCAAUAGACUUUCCUCUAUCGGUAUCACUCAGACUCCUCUAAAUUGGUUUAAAUCAUAUCUCUCCGGCCGCACUCAGUUCAUCCGGAUCAAAACCUUCACUUCUGAGCCUUCAUCUGUCACAUCAGGAGUUCCCCAGGGCUCUGUCCUGGGACCCCUCCUCUUCAUUAUUUAUCUUCUUCCCCUCGGCACUAUUUUCCACAAGCACAAUAUCGAUUUCCACUGUUAUGCGGAUGACACCCAGCUCUUUGUUUCCAGUAAGCCCGCCUCCAACCUCCCGCCAUCCUCGCUUACCGACUGCUUGACUGAAUUAAAAUCCUGGUUCACCUCAAAUUUUCUUAAACUUAACAGUGACAAAACAGAGGUUCUUCUCAUUGGUACAAAAUCCACCCUGGCUAAAACCAAAAAUUUCAGUAUUGACAUUGAUAACCGUUCCAUUUCUCCCUCCCCUCAGGUAAAGAGUCUAGGUGUCAUCCUCGACAGCACUCUUUCUUUCCAGUCUCAUAUCAACAACACCAUCCGUUCGGCUUAUUUUCACCUACGCAACAUCAACCGCCUCCGCCCCUCCCUUACUCCCCAUUCCACUGCCAUCCUUGUUCACUGUCUGGUUACAUCGCGCCUGGACUAUUGCAACUCCCUUCUGUUCGGUCUCACCCACAAAUCUCUUCAUAAGCUCCAACUGGUCCAGAACUCAGCUGCCCGCAUCAUCACCAAAACCCCAUCCAUUCAUCACAUCACUCCAGUCCUGCAAAAACUCCACUGGCUGCCAACCAAGUUCCGCAUAGAUUACAAAAUUCUCCUGUUCACUUUCAAGGCCCUCUACAAUCUCUCCCCACCAUAUCUUUCAAAUCUUAUUCAUAUUGCCAUUCCCUCUCGCUCCCUCAGAUCAUCCUCCUCCAUCCUUUUGACUGUCCCCUCCGCCCGUCUCACCACCAUGGGGAGCAGAGCCUUCACGCUCUCCCUGCGUACGAUAGGUGGAGAUGACAUGACUGCGCUUGAGAAAAAGAAAGCAAAGGACCUACGUGGUCAGCAAGUGUUCCUGCGUCCAGAGGAGAGUCCAGCUCCAGCUCUGAGUGCCAGACAGUCCACCACAUUGUCCGAACAGCUCCAGGAUGCUUUGUUGCGGCUGGCGGCGGUUGUUGAUGUACGCUCGCUUCGAGUGGUCCUGCGGGACAGCAUACAGGAACUGCUUCCUGGCACGGAGUGCGUCUGUGUCUACACGCUGGAGGGAGACUUGAGGCUGCUGUCUGACGACCCGCCGCACGAGCUGACGCAGGACGGAAAGAUCAGGAGUACUGCAGAGCAGCUAAAGAGAUGCGAGUGCGCUGGCCUUCCUCCGUCUGAGCUGCCCGAGAAAUACAGAAAUUGCCUUGCAGCGCCUCUACCAGCACACAGAAGAGCUGUUGUUAUUCCUGUCUUGGAUCAAGAUCGGAACAAGGUCCUUGCUGUUGUAUUGGUGGGCUGUAACCCACUCUCAGAUCAAGAUGAACUCCAUCUGAAUGUUCUGGAAAAACAUGCCUCAGUGGCCUAUCUACGCAUCCAGUCUGUGCAGGCGUCCUAUCAGAGGCCUCCUCUCAGCCCGUCUCCUCUGCAGUCCCACAAUGCUCUGCUGCACCUCAUUGUGUCUGAGCAGGACUACUGCGAGCUGGACCGCAACAUCCUGCAGCUCUGCGGUGAGCUCUAUGACCUUGAUGCGGCUUCUCUCCAGCUCAAAGUCAUCAAUUAUGUAAGUGGCUGA